CACAAGCUCAGACAUUAUUGAUGAUUGCAGAUGACAUCGAUGCUGGACGGGCCUUAGCACACGUUUCUUCCAUGCAGAUUCUAAUGUAUGGACAUUUGUGACAUAAAAUGACAGACUACGGCGAGGAGCAGAGGAAUGAACUAGAAGCAAUAGAGUCCAUUUACCCAGACUCAUUUACAGUGCUUUCCGAGAAGCCCACAAGCUUCACCAUCACAGUUACUUCUGAUGCGGGAGAAAAUGAAGAAACGGUGGAGGUGACCCUGAAGUUUACAUAUGUGGAGAAAUAUCCAGACGAGCCCCCUCUCUGGGAGAUCUUUUCACAGGAAAACCUGGAAGAUUCAGACACUGAAGACAUUCUAACGCUUUUGAAUCAACAGGCCGAAGAAAACCUGGGAAUGGUCAUGAUAUUCACAUUAGUUACAGCUGUACAGGAGAAACUUAAUGAAAUAGUAGACCAGAUUAAGAGCAGAAGAGAAGAGGAGAAAGAACGAAUAGAAAGAAAGGAAAGGGAGGCCGAAGAAGCUGAGAAGUUUGCAUUCCAAGGCACUGUGGUCACAAUUGAGAACUUCUUAUCAUGGAAAGCAAAAUUUGAACAAGAAAUGACAGAACUAAAGAGUAAAAGGCAGAAAGAAGAGGAGCAGUCAGGAAAGGGAAAACUCACAGGAAAACAGCUUUUUGAGACAGACCAUAAUCUUGACACUUCAGAUAUCCAGUUCUUGGAGGACGGUGGCAACAGUGUGGAAGUGGAUGAGUCACUCUUCCAAGACAUGGAUGAUUUGGACUUGGAUGAGGACGACCCUGAUUUCAACCCACUGGACUUGGGCAGCGAUGAAGACUGAAUUGUGUUAACUCUCAACCUGAUAUGAAUGGUAUAGAUGCCAAUAUCCUCCUGUAGCAGCCUUAUGGAGGCAGGACUUCAGCUCAACCGCGCUAAACACAAACUUUUCAGUCACUACUAUCUAUGGUGCAGCAUAUUUUACGAAACUGUCAAACAUAUUGUCAUUUGUACAAUUAUGGCCAUUAAAAACCAUUGACUUGUUCUCUUA